ACUGUGAUGAGAGCUCCUCUAAUGUGUCAACGCAGAAGCAGGCGGGCUUUAGCUCCCCAUCAAAGAGCUUACGGGUCAGGGGAGAUGGCGGGAUUUCACUAUCGGGCCGUAAUGAAGACGUAUGGGGGCCCAGAUGUUACGGCUGCCUCGCUGAGAGGCGGGCGCAGCCGCGCGGCCGGGUAGAAGCUGAUGUAUAUCUUCGGAAAGUAAAUUUCGCACCGCCGUUACAACAUGAGAUGAGAAAACAUUAACGUUGUUGAUACGGCGGUGAUCGCUGUAAAUCGUGAGCGAUCGCUUUUUUUUCUCUUUGUGUUGGUUGAAGUGUGUGGAGAAAUUGCGCUAAACGCGUCCAGGUGCGCUCAUUGUGACGGUUUUCCGCCAAUUUGGUAUUCCCCGGGGGGUCCGUGGGUUUCGCGUGCGAUAUUGUAAUUCAAUGCGACGUUAUGGUCCAAAAACGCUUUCGCGCGCCCAAUUAGCAAGGUGUGCUUACGGACUCCCAAAUUGUCACCCCGGCAUUAAAUAAUCAAGUCGAUACACGGAAAGACCAUUCACGCCCUCCUGGCUCCUCGAUGCGGCUGCUUUUGGACGCGGAGACAGUGAAACUCCUUGCAGCCGAUGCUCGGCGGAGCGGAAAGACUUGAGACGACUUAAGACACACCGGAGGGGUGAGAGAAGAUGGGGUGGCUGCUUCUGAAGUACGUGGGGCUGCUGCUCGCGGUGAUGCCAAUAUUAGCGGGGUCGCAGCAGGAUCUACAGCAGAAGAAAACGGCGGACGGUUUGCCAACGUGUAGCAUCGCGUGCCAGACGCGAGCGGCGGACGCACCCGAGGCGGUGGCGCUGCCCAUCAUCGGGGAACCGGGCAAGCCUGGCGCUAGAGGCGAGCGCGGCCUUACGGGCAGACCCGGGCCGAGGGGCCCGAAAGGAUCGCCGGGUCCACCCGGUCCCCCCGGGCCGCCAGGCCCUCCCGGCCCGAAGGGAGACAAGGGAGGCUACGGUAAACCCCCGACCACGGGGAUGGACUGCUGCUUGUACUCGGACAACCCGCUGGGGAGUAAGUCGGCAGACGCGCUGUCGUGGCUGCCGGCGGGGACGCAGGAGGACAUGUGGGCCGGGUUCUCCGUCGCCGUGACGACAGACGUCUUCGCCACGGAGGACACCGCCGUCAUCUUCGACCACGUCUUCUCCAACGUCGGCGACGGGUACGACAGGGCCACGGGCGCCUUCACGUGCAAGCUGGGCGGCUGGUACUACUUCACGUUCCACGUGCUGAAGCCGCGGUACCGCGACGGCAUGUGGGCGGACCUGAUGCUGAACGGCGCCCAGCAGACCUCCGCCAUCGCGUUCGACGACAGUCACAGCGACACCGGCAGCAACUCGCUGGUCCUCAGCCUCAAGCGGGGCGACAGGGUGUGGAUCAGACUGCGCAAGGAUCACACCCUGUACGGCAGUCAGGACAAGUUCAGCACCUUCUCCGGGUUCCUACUCUACAGAACCUACUGAAGACCGUCCCCAAAUCACAGUCAGUAGAGACCAGAAGGAGAACAGUGAAAGAAUUCUACAAGACGUUCCGUGGCGUAUACUGUUGGAUGUACCACUAGCAGACGUCACACCGUCAAGUCCAGGACAAGUUUAGGACCUUCUCCGGCUUCAUACUCUACAGAACGUACUGAGGACCCUCACUUCACAACAGUAGAGACCAGAAGAACACUGUAAGAAUUCUACAAGACGUGAGCGUUCCGCGGCUUCUACUGUUGGAUUUUGGAUUUACCACUAUCAUACGUCAACGUCAAGUCGUCCCCCGUGUACAGAUUAAGUGGCUUCGAACAGAAGGAGUCUUAAAGACGGAUAUGAGAUACGUCUUCGUCGCACUUGACCUUCUAGGAUAUCGAUAGAUCGUGGCUGAACCUUCGACCGACGCUAUGCAAGCCCCCGACGGAUCCCAACCUUCGCGAUACGCGAACAAAGGUGUGUCGAUCGAGAUAUGUUUCAGUCGCGCCUUGUUGCAGGCGAUAGUCCUUAUGACUGAUGUGCGGUACGCUUUAUCUUCCCACCUGAAGAUUAUGUUCUUUAAGACGCAUUCUGGAGAUAUAUGUCUUAAGACAUAGCGGCUGACAUUCCUGACAUCGACCAUUGUUCUUUUACAUUACGGCGUAGGCGAGUAAACUUAGCGUAUCGUCUCAUUUUAGCGGAGAUGUAUUUCACGUCUUAAUGUUCUGUGCAUGUACAGUAUAUUUUCUAUCAAACAGUACGUAUUAAUAUAAGGCGUGGGCAGGGUAUAGCAUUUUCAUGAAAGGCACGAUUGAGACGCGGCCAUAUAUACGGCGAAAUGGAGUAGGUAAAGCAGACUCCUAAUGGAACCGGACAUGCAUGAAAGGCCACGGAGGAAACGCACCAAAUUGAAGGAACCCUGACUAUUAGAAUCGCCCAUCAGGAACGCUACACGUGGAGUCUGAUGCGCCGCUUGAGGUGAACCCUGCCAGGCUGUUUGAUACGGCUACUCUUUCUGCAUUACCGGGACUUGGCGGUACGCUAUAGCUUGUACAAUAAAUGGCGUCGUUUGUUUGAAUCUAUAGUUGUAUCGGCCGUGGCGUAUGUGUUCAUGAAGUUUGUGUUUUCUUGGUUUUUCCUUUAAUGCCCACGAUCACGAUAAUGAUCAUACUGGAAUACUGCUUAAUACCUUAGCGAAGCGAUUUUCCCAAGGGCACAACGUUGGUGACAUGGCAGGAUUCGAACCCGGGACCUCCUAGUUUGAAUCUAUAGUUGUACCAGGCCAUUGCGAGUUCGUGUUCUUCCAUCACAGUGCAU